GGUGAGGACCUUUGAAGUCCCAGUUUUUCCGUGCCGCUGGGAUGUCUCGUGCGAGGGGUCCAUCUUUGAUUGCCGGGUCAGAUGAAGCACCAGAAGGAGUGCAUCCAACCAACAAGGCAAGCCGAAUAUCCUCCCCAGGAGAUGUUGUAGCUUUAGCUGCCCUUGCAUGUGGAGGUGUAGUUGGCUUGGCACUCCUGCCUGCCAUUCUGGGAGUGCGUUGCGUGCGUGGCCUUUAUCAAGCUGGGAAAAAAAUAUGUUCCAAAGAUCCAGUGUUGGAUCCAGAUAUGGCACAGGAUUGUGAUGGCAUUUGGCCUUUCAGUGAGAAGCCAGGUGGUGGAGGUGCGCAGCAGUUCCCUGAAGGAACUAAACGGCUCGCCGGCUAUGUAAAAAUGUCUGAUGGUGUCAGGAUUGCGGUGGAUGUCCUUCUGCCUCCUUGUGCGCAAGGCGCUGAUGGCACCUUUCACCCAGUUCCGUGCGUGGUCCACAUGGCGCGUUAUUGGCGCGCCUGGGAAAUGCGGUGGCCAAUUCGAGAGUUGUUGAACCGUGGGGAGCCAUGGGAUUUUUUGCUCGGGCCGUGGAAGAGCGCUCUCCUCGAGUCCGGCUUUGCUGUUGUUUCGGCAGAUGUGCGUGGCGCAGGUGCUUCAGGUGGUGUGCAGUCUGUAGUUUGGAGCCCACGGGAAACGCAAGACACAUUGGAAUUGAUUGAUUUCAUCGUCGGUGUCAACCAACCCGCUGGGAGACAGCCGUGGAGUGAUGGCCAGGUGGCUCUAUUUGGUGUUUCCUACGACGCUGGAGCGGCAGUUCGUGCAGCUGCUCACAAACAUCCAGCCGUCAAGGCCGUGGUCGCGAGUUUCCUCUUUGGCGACAUUUGGCGGGAACUCUUUCCAGGUGGCAUCAUGAACCGAUGGUUCUUGCAGAGCUGGUGCAACGUCAAUUCGCGGCUGGACAACGCAAGAUUGGCUGCCAUUCAUCCCUUCAGCCCGUUGAUUAUGAAAGGUGCGGCGCCGGCUUCAUCCAGGAAACAGCUGUCCAGGUGUGUUUCUGAACACCGUGGCAAUUGGGACCUUAUGUCAGCGGCUGGAUCUAUCAAAGCAAUCGAUGAUCCUGUAGCGAUCGGGUCUGGAGAGACAAUGACUUGCCAGAACCUGGAACUUUUCGCCAACCCUUUGCCCAGCCUCGACGGUAAAGCAGUCCUGCCAGCCCUUGCAGCCAGCCAGCUACCUACGCUUCUUAUUUCAGGUUGGGCAUGCGUCACCAGUGGCACAGCUUGCGCAGCAUUCUCGGCCCUUGCGGGGCAGCAUUGGCGACUUUUGCUCGGACCGUGGAACCACGGAGGUGUGCAGCACGUUAGGUAUUGUAGGGAGACAAAACUUUUAAAGUUUCCGAAGGCCAAGGCUGUCCAAGAGUUUCUUCUUUACCACAUGCCAAGACAGGGGUUUGCACAAUCUAGUGUCCCUGCGUGGCUGGCAUCACCAAAGCCAGAGGUGCAUUUCUAUGUGUGUGGAGCUUCCCCGGCUUGGCAGCACAGCACAGAAUGGCCACCAAAAAAUGUGGUGAAAAAGCAACUUUGGUUGAGCACAUCUCAGCUGACAUGGACAAAAGAUGACUUGGAACAUGAAGGAUCCACGCAGCUUCCAAAAGCGACAGCUUCUCGGCAGCUGGUUUGGGGUGGUGUGUCCCGCUAUUCGGCUAUGAUCCGGAUGAUGGACUUGGUGAGGUACAAGUGGAAAGCGUCAGCUGUGGCAAAGGGACGCGCGCUUCUAUUUGAGACUUCGGUUUGCCCCACCACCUUGGCUGUAAUUGGUUCCGCGGUAUUGACUCUGCGACUUCGGAGCAGCAAAGAUCAGGACGCUGACAUUUUUGCCUAUCUUCGCGAGAGACCUCCUGACGGCGGUGAUCUUGUUUACAUCACAGAAGGUGCACUUCGCCUGUCCUAUCGAAGGGAGGAGGAGGCUCCUGACCAUGAGAAGGCCGCCGAUCCCCACUCAUCAGACUCCUCAAUGGCUUCGUUUGGCGUUGUGCCUCACCACAGCUAUAGGCGGCAGGACAUUCAGAUGCUGCCGGCAGAAGGCGAGACCACUACAGCAAGGCUGAAGUUUUUCCCAGUGGCAUACCGCUUUCGUGCUGGCUCCAAGAUUGCCUUGGUGAUAGCUCCAGACGAUGCAGCCCACUACGCGCCCAACCCUCUAGCCGGACCUCAUCCACCCUUCAUUUGCCAUUCCACGUCCGAGCAGUCCAUGUUAUGGCUGCCAAUCAAGGAGCAACAACUUUCUUUGUGAAGGCUCUCCCAUCGGUUUGACGGUGCGGGACCUACACAAGAACUGCAAGCGGUUCUUAUCCCAGGUUCCCUAUUGCAUGUCCUUUGAAGCGCCCUUUGUAUGCUGCUGCAGCUGGGACUAUGGUGAAAGCAGCCGCAGAACAGAUGUAAUGCUGCAGUGGCAAUUUAGUGGCAAUGUAUAAAUUAAUUGUAUAGAACGGCAUCAUCAAGUGUUUGCAUUGAAUGCCCGAAGAGGCUUUGGCUUAACUGGAGCAACCACUGCUGUAGUCACAGCAGUUGCGUUUUCAUGACGCGAUGAAGCUCGCCAUGAGUUGUUUUUGUUGAUAUGGCCAUGUGGGAUUUGGGUGGCACCGCGCGUUUUAAA